AAGACUAUUGGGUUUUUAGGGCAUGUGGGAUUGAUCUAAGUCAGCAGAAGGCUUCAAUAUAUACAGUAAACCUUCAAUUCUUUGAUGUGGUCAUUAUAUAAAGAACCAUAGAAAUCACUCAUCUUCAUAAUCUUCAACUAGUGGGUCUUUCUCAAAUUUUCUCUUAGGUUACUGAGAAAAACAAAAAUAUUCUGUUAUGGCUUCCUCUAAAGGCAUAACUUUCCUAGCUUUGCUUCUUGUAUUGCUUCCAAUGGUUGCCAUGGGAGAUGACUGGCUACCUGCCUUUUAUGACAAGGUGUGUGAACAAGUAAAUUGUGGGAAGGGGACUUGUGUAGCGAACAUUACAUAUGCAUUCAGCUACAUAUGUGAAUGUGAGCCUGGUUGGAAGAGAACCCGAUACGACGAUGUCGAUGAAGCUGCUCCAUUUCUUCCUUGUGUGAUUCCAAACUGUACUCUGGAUUACACGUGCCAGCCGGCUCCACCUCCGGUUCCAGCGAAAGAAGUUCCAAACAACAUAUCUUUCUUCGAUCCUUGUUAUUGGGCGUACUGUGGAGAAGGAAGUUGCACGAAGAACAAAACAUACAACUACGAAUGUUCUUGCCAAUCCGGGUUCUUUAAUCUCCUCAACAGCACUUACUUCCCCUGCUACAGCGAUUGUACAAUUGGAUCGGAUUGUUCAAGUCUCGGAAUUAAAGUUGCAAAUCAAGAAACAACCCCUGGAAGUGGUGGCAGCCAAGCAACAUCAAUCCUGCCAGGGAAGUUUCACUGGAUGAUCAUAUUGGUCAUGUCAAUGGCUUUGUUUCUGAAGAAUUAGUACACCAUGUUUUGAUGCAAUUAGUCCAGCCAGCUCGAGCAUCCGCGUUUCGUUAUGGAAUUGAUAUUUUAUGAUUAUUAUUGUUGUCUUCCAGAUUCUUGUGCUUAUAGUUGGUAUGAAUAAGGCAGAGCAUAUACCUAGGUGGACAACAUUAUUGUUGUUUGUUAUACAUGCUAUAAUUGAAUAUUUGACUUUUAUGGAUUUGUUUGUUCUAUUUGCUAUGCUACAAAUAUUGAUGAGGUA